AUGAGCUCUGCGUCCAGCGAGCCCGGAGACAAGGACGCACCUGGGGGGUCCCCGCUGGGGCUGGACGCCGUGAUCCAGAGGCUGCAAGACACGGUGCUGGGCCCCGGGGCGCGCCGAGAGGACCGGACACUGACCAUGCGUGGGGACAGCUGGAGGGCGCCCCCCACCCCCGUGCCCGCCCGCAUCCGUGCCAUCGUGGCUGGCAGCCUGGGCGAGGGCCCGCCCGAAGGUGAGCCCCGGGGCCCGGCCACCGUGCACGUGCAGGAGGAGAACCAGCUGCUGAGGGCCGAGCUGGCCCGGCUCGAGGAGCUCCUGGCCCAGGCGGGUGCCGAGCGGGACCAGCUGGCCACCAGGUGCCGUGCGCUCAGCGAGGGGCUGCAGGCCCGCCUGGACACAGCCCAGGCCCGGCUGCGGAGGUCGGAGCUACAGCACAGCGCAGACCUGGAGGAGGCCCUGGGCCGGCUGGAGGCCUCGGAGCAGAGGGGCUCGGGGCUGUCGCAGGUGAACGCGCUGCUCCGGGGCCAGCUGGAGCACAUGAGGGCGGCCAACGAGGCGCUGGCGCGGGAGCUGGCGGGCGCGGCGGGCAGCGUCCAGCACCUGCGGGCUGAGCUGGAGCGCAGGGAGUGGUCUCCGGGUCAGGCCCGGCACCUGCGCCCCGGGGAGCCCCAGGCAUUCCUGCGGCUGUGGCGGCAGGUGGCCGCACUCAGGACACACCUGGCGGAUCUGCGAGAGGCCACGGACAGGGGCCUGGCCGACAUGCGGGUGGACGCGGCGCGCACGGCCGGGCGCCUGCACACGGCCUGCCUGCACCUGGCCUCCUCCCUGCGGCUGGAGGCGCGAGGCCCCGCCUCGGCCCUGGAGGGGCAGCUGCGGCUCCAGGCGCACGAGAUGCUGCAGCUGCAGGGGCGCUGGGACGCGGAGAAGGUGGCGCUGCAGGCCAGACUCUCCGAGCAGGCCCAGCUGCUGGAGAAGCUCAGGGACGAGGCAGCGAGGACAGAGGGAACCAUCCGCGCCCUCCGCGCCGAGGCCCAGCAGCGGGAGUUGGGGCGGCCUGGAGGCGGACGUGAGGACUGCACGGAGGAGGUGGCAGCCCUCCGGCAGAUGCUGAGUAGCAUUGCACAGGUGGCCCAGGAGGACGCGCAGGGCAGCCCCGGAGGCGAGGUGGAACAGGCUGGCCUGAGGACCCCGCUGGGCACGGCGUCCCCCCCGCAGGCCAUGUCCCCCGCCCGGGCCCACUCCCCAGGGGCUCCGGGCCUCGCGCUGCAGGCUGUGCGGUGGGCCUUGUGCAGGCGACGGCAGCAGGAGCAGGACUUGCGCCUGCAGCUGGAGGCCUCCCAGGUGGAGGCGGACCAUCUCCGGGAGCAGCUGUCUGAGAGCCAGCGCGAUGGGCAGGCGGCACAGAGGCGCCUGCAUGAGGGGACGCGGGAGCGUGAGGCCCUUCGGGACGCCCUGGAGGUCCAGAGACAGCAGGCACAGAGCUGCAGAGCGUCCAGCGACCUGCUGGGGAGGGAGAAGGCGGCUCUGGAGGCUGAGGUGGAGAAGCUGAGGAGGAAGGCUGCGGACCGGGAGCUGGAGCAGCACCGGCUGGAGGCCAUGAACGACGAGCUGCAGCGGCGCGUCAGGCUCGGGGCCGAGCAACAGGAAGCGCUGGUGGAGCAGCGAGCACAGGACCAGCGGCAGCUGCAGAGCAGUCGAGGGCGCCUGGAGCAGCUGGAGGAGAGAGUCUCGGGACUCGAGGAGGAGCUGGUGUCCACGCGGCUGCAGAGGGACCUUGCGGAGAGCGAGCGCGCUGGCCUGCAGGGCUCCCUGGCCCGGGCUGAGUCCAGCAAGGCUGACCUGGAGCUGCUGGUGUCCCGGCUGAAGUCGGAGGGGAUGGGCCAGAGGGACACCCUGGCCAAGGUGGCCGCGCUGAUGGAGGAACUGGUCCAGGACAAGGGCGCUCUGAACCGCCUGGUCCAGCAGCUGGAGCAGGAGCGGGCGCGGCUGCAGGAGCAGCAGGCGGUGCUGGAGCAGGAGCGGGCGCAGGCCCGGGAGCAGCUGUCGCAGGCAGAGCAGCAGCUGGAGCUGGCGGGGGCUGAGCGGAGGGGUCUGCAGCAGACGUGUGGGGACCUGGAGGAGCAGCGGGAGCAGCUGGAGGCCCAGGCAGCCCAGCUCCGGCGCGAGAAGGCCGAGCUGCAGGAGCAAGUGGGCCAGGCCAUAGGCGAGAGGCAGGCACUGGAGGGGCAGCUGGCUCGGAGCCUCCAGGACCAGGGGGCCCAGGUGGACAUGCUCCAGAGGACGCUGCAGGAGAAGGACGCCCUGGCUUCGGGGCAGGCCCAGCUGCUGGCCAAGCAGGAGGCCCUGGAGCGGCAGGCCCGGCUCUCCACGGAGGAGGCCGCUGAGCUCAGGGCCGAGAGGGAUGCCCUGGAGGCCCGGCUGUGGGAGACCCAGCAGGAGGCGGUGGAGCGGCAGGAGCGGCUGGAGAGGGACGCCCAGAGUGCGCGGCAGGCCGGCCAGGCCCUGCAAGGUGCCGCGGCCCCUCGGUGCAGCCCGCGGGUGGGGCCCUGUGCCCGGCUCCCCGUGUGGACGUGGCCCUGCCCGGGCCUGACUCCAUCCCUCGCAGCGGAAGCCUCGCGGCUGCGUGGGAACCUGCAGCGGCAGCAGGAGGAGGCGCGGGCCCUCCGCGAGGACGUGGCCCGGCUGCAACGGGAGAAGGAGAGUCUGGGCCUGUCUCUGGCGGAGGAGAGGGAGCGGGCGGCCAGCACCGCGGCCAACAGCGAGUCUCUGAAGGAGGCGGUGCAGAGCCUGCGGCGCGAGUGGGACGAGCGCCUCCUCCACCUGGAAGGCCAGAGGAAACAGGCGCUGUCCCAGAAGGACGCGGAGCUGGGGCGGCUGAGGGAGGAGGUGGCCGCGGCCGUGCGGGAGCUGGAGCAGGUGCGGCGGGAGGCCCAGAGCCAGCAGGCGCGGGCGGAGGACUCGCUGACCACCACGGCUGUGGAGCUGCGCACCCUGCAGGCCCAGUUCGAGGAAGCCAUCAAGGCCCACCAGGUGGAGACAGAGACCCUGAGGGCCCAGCUCCGGGAGGUGGCGGCUGAGAGAAGCAGCGUGGAGAGAGAGGCCGAGAGGCUGCGGGCCCAGCUGGCCGAGGCGCAGGAGGCCCUGGCCGGGCUGCGCCAGGAGCUGCGGGGCAGCCGGGAGAGUGCCGAGGCGCGGCGGCGGGAGGCCCUGGAGGCCGGCCGGGCGCGGGACCAGGAGGCGCGGGCGCGGGCCCUGCUGCGGCACGCCAACGCCGAGCUGCAGGCCGCCCUGCACAGCGCCCAGCAGGACAAGGCCCGCUCCAGGCGCUCUGAGGAGCAGGCGGCUCGGGAGGUGCAGGCCCUGGGCGAGGCCCAGCAGGCUGCGCGGGAGGAGGCGGCCGGGCUGCAGGUCAGCCUGCGGCAGGCGGAGCAGGCCCGGAGGGACGCCCAGCAGGAGCUGCAGGAGCUGCACGGACAGGUGAAGGCUCUGGAGGGUGAGAGGCAGCGGCAGAGCCAGGAGCUGAGACAGCUGCAGGCGCGGGGAGCUCGAGAAGUCCAGGAGCUGAAGAGGCAGGUGGCCAAGGCCCAGGCUGACCGCGAGGGAGCCAGCAAGGAGGUGCUGCGGCUGCGGCGGGCGCUGGCUGAGGCGGAGGCCUGCAGGGAGGCCCAGGAAAGGAGGCUGCGGGAGCAGGUGCGGGAGAGCCAGGAGGCGGCGCGGAGCCUGCGGGCGGAGCUGCAGGCCGUCUGUGGGAAGCUGCAGCAGGCCGCGGGCCGGGCGGACGCACUGCAGGCCCGCCUGGACAAGGCCAGCGGCCGGGCGCGAGGGCUCCAGGGGGAGCUGGCGCAGGCCCAGGGCGCCCGGCGGGACGCCGAGGAGCAGCUCCGCCGGCUGUGGGGGACCCUGCGCCGGGGCCUGGGGCUGCACGCCCGGAGCCCUUCCGCCUCUCCGGAGCGGCCCAGGUCCCCCAGCAGAGGUCAGUGUCCUGGGGCCGCCUGCCCAGGUGUCCUCGACCCCCGGGUGCCCUCCAGGCCCCACUCGCCGCUCCGGGGGCCUUGGCCGGUGCCUCGGGACCUGGGCGCGGAGGUGGACGUGGCUGCAGCACGGGACGCACUGAGGGACGUGGCCCAGCAGCUGCGGGAGGCCCAGCGCCAGCGGGAUGACUGGCGCUUCCAGGCCGAGAGGCUGAGCCUGCAUCUCAGUGAGGAGGAGAGCGAGCGGGCCCAGGCCCAGAGCCGCGUGGGGCAGCUGCAGAAGGCACUGGUGGAGGCCGAGGAAGGGGACCCCCAUCUCCCUCCCCAGGAAGAAGUGGACAUGCUCCGCCAGGCCCUCUGCAAGCGUGGGCAGCACAGCCAGCAGAUGGAGCGCAGGUGCCAGGAGGCAGAGCGGGCACGGCCAGCCCGGUGCCAGGUGGCCGCGCCGAGGGAGCUGCUGGACCAGCAUGCACGACGGCGCCGAGCCCACACCGCCCACACGUACCGGCCCAGAAGUGAGCCAGCGGCCGGCCACGGGCGGGACUACGGACCUGCCCGGCAGCCUCGCCAGUGACCCUCACAGCCCCCCGAUGGCUGCCGGGAUCCCCCAAGGGGCCACUUGUCAGGGACCUCGCCACAGUGCUCGAGAGUCACUCGGCCCCGCGGACGCCCCCACCCCAGCACACAGACCUGGGGAGGCCUGCAGCCGUGUCAGAACGCACCUGCGUCACCAACACAGGAGCUGGGGCCUGGCAGGGAUGGCCCGAUGACCGUGCUGGGCCUGCCCCCCUCCCAGUGGCCCUGCUCGGCACCUGACUCCCUCCAGGCCCAGCCCCAGGCCUGCGGGGGACAGAGCGGUCAGCGGGAGGCGGCGUCUCCUGCUCUGUCCAUCCAAGGGUCCCACCAGCGCCACAGCCCAGGACAGAGGGUGGCGAGGGCCAGGGCUUGGCCUGCUGGCCCCUCCCGUAGCUCCAGGGCACCCAGGCCUGAGGCCUCGACGACUGUGA